ACGUGUUUCUAGCUUACUGGCAGCUGGACGCUUCCGUCCUUCCGGCGAGCAAAAACAUACAAAGUAUUCGCGCGCCCAGAGAUCCUAAUACAUGUAUUACAUAUCAGUAGCAACAGGAGACCACAGCCCCUCUGAUCUUGGUAGCAUCGGAAUCGAUUCAGGAGCAGAAGGCUUCGCAACGCGCCUAGCGCGGGUAGCGAAUCAUAAGAACUGACGGUCGUAAAGAAACCGUCUUUCCCAACCGAGUUCGAGUCGAAUGCGCGGUCGGCAGUAGCAGUAGUUGCUCAUCGAGGCAGCGAUAGUGCAGAUCUCUCUGCACAAUAUCCAACAUCUCAAUCGCCUGACCCUCACACUCAACUGAAGUACGCUGGACGCUACGGAGUGCGAUCGGCUAUCAUGGCUAGCUGCAAUAGUACUCCUCGUCCAAGUCACCAUAUUCUGCUACAGGCCAUCCUGGUCAAUUGGGACAGACUGGUGCGAGGCCUUGACUGCAUUCCGAUCAUCGACAAGCUGAUCAACAGGCAAGUGGUGAAGCUGAACUCGCUGGACAGUGAGAUGCUGGGUCCUCGCAGUAACAAGCGCAACUGUGGAUUCACGCUGAGCCACAUGCUGCUGGAACGGCUCAUUGCCAUGAAGGACAAGCCACUCGGUCCCGACAAGGAGCACUCGGCACUGCAGGAGUUCUUUGCUGUGCUGCUGGAGGCGGGGUGGCAGAGAGCUGGCCAGAUGGACCUGGCCACAUUGAUCCUGGAUUCUGCUGCCGACCCGGGUGCACUGCAGCGAGAAUAUGAUGCCCUGUCACGGGGCAGCAUCAACUUCAUGACCCUGAGUGACCGAGAGCUGGCGGAGCUGCCAUCACUCUACCACCUGCAGCUUGCCGCCAUGCCGGACAGUGUCAAGAAGCUGCGGCGACAUCUCCAGGAGCGCUACCGGGUGGGCAACUUUGUGCCGUUCGGUGCUUGUGGCAGCGACUAUGGCCUGCUUGCUAACGACGCUGUGGGAGAUCACAUCAGCUACAUUCCAAUUUCGCUGCUGCCACUGGCCGGGAAGCAGGCGCUGGAUAGUUUGGACAAUCAGCCAAUCACACGCCUGGGAAGGGAUAGGGCGCAUGACGAGGAGAGUCGCGUCGACCUGCAGGACAUCUUCACUGGCGGAGACGGGCAACCGCUCAGGACCAAGUGCCUGCUUAUCGGACCGCCAGGUGCUGGCAAGACAAUGACGUCAUUGGAGAUCCUUCGGCGCUGGGGCUGCUGUGAUAUGUUCACUGAGUACAGCCUAGCGCUGUACGUGGCUGCUCGACGGCUGCGAGAGGACAUGACGUUCUGGGACGUUCUGGGACUGGGCGCAGCGGCGUACGGACUGAGCGCGGCUGACAUGGCCGAGGUGCGAGACUACGCCACGCAGCACUCCAAGCAGAUCUUGGUCGUAAUGGACGGACUUGAUGAGCUGCGCCCCAGCCUGAUUGGCGAGGAGAGUGCCGUACUGAGAGUUCUGGCUGGUACUGGUGAGCUGAGUGCGUGUCAUGUUGUAGCCACAUCACGUCCCUGCGCUCAGGCACGACGGCUGCUCAGCAACACGGCCAUGCACUAUCAGAUGUGCGAGCUGUCAUCUCAGCAGCAAACUGCCAUGUUGAGGAGACGCAUUCAGCAGAGAGGCAUCGGCGGAAAAAAAGCCGACGAGCUUGCUGCAAAGUUCGAACGGGAGCGAGAAUCUCUGCAGCAAGUGGAGCUGCUAAUGGCCAACCCACUGCAUGCAUCACUCAUCAUCACGCAGUUUCUCAGAGACGGCAAGCUGCCCAGUGGCCUGUGUGAGGUGUAUGGCCACGUGGUGAUCAGCCUACUGAAGAGAUAUGUCACACGCAAAACCAGCGAGGCGCAUCAGAGUCAAGACGAGGACAUCACGCAGACGUAUGGCCUUGGUCCGUCAGUGGAGAAGGUUGUCAAGAAACAGGACAGCAUCAGAGAUGGAAGAGUCACAUACCUGGUUGAGGUGCUGAGUUACCUAGAGAAGCUGGCCCUGGACGGCAUCCUUGAUCAGCAGUACUUGUUUGAAGUGAUGUACUUGGACUCCAAGGCACUGGAUACGGGUCUGCUGGUGCACUGGGAUGCACUGGAGAUGUCCAAGACCGACAAACUCGGCGUCUACUGCCAGUACAUUCAUCUAGCAGUGCAGGAGUUCAUGGCCGCACGCUGGAUUGCCCAGCAGCCAGACUGCCGACAACUGAUCCAAGCCCACAUGAACAACAAGAUCCCGUUCGACGAGGGCAAGUUCAACUUUUGGCUGUGCUUGGCCGGCCUGCUUGACGGAGAGAGCCUUUGUUUCCUUCUUCGGCAUGCUUUCCACAUUGCCGAGAAAGGUGUCUUCGAACACCGGAAGAUGGCAGCACGUCUGCUGCUGCACAGCAUGGCACAAUUCCAUGACGAGACACAGUCGUGCUGGAGAGUACAGCCAACCAGCACGCAGAACAAGGUACCAGAUGUGCGACUUGCUGACGUGCUGGAGGAUGGGAACUUGGACCUUGGCCACCAUCAGCUUAAUGAUCAAGAUUUCAACAUCCUCAUUCGGCAGCUACAGCACGACAUGACGUUUCAUACGCUAAGCUUGGAGAGUUGUCUGCUCGAUGAGAGCCGUUGUGAAAAGUUGUCGCGUUGUGACAACCUAGGGCAACUCGACACUCUGCACAUCGGUGUGAACAAGAACAUCAGCAGAGAAGGCCUGCCGCUUCUUCUGAGGCCACUGAGUGACGUGCUAUGCUCGUUGAGAAGGUUGUCAAUCCGCAGCUGCGGUCUGCAGGAGAGUGAUCUGAAGGCCAUCUGCGACUUUCUGAAGAGCACCGAGAGUCUAGAUGAGCUGUACUUGCACAAGACUGUUCCCAAACUUUCCACCGAGGGCUGCGCUGUGCUGGCUGCAGCCGUUCGCCAGAACAAGUCGCUCACUCGCCUGGUGUGCUCGUGCAUGGACAUCGAAGACGCCGGAGCAGAGGAGCUGGCGCUGGCGGCCAUCGAGCAAGGAAAGAUCGAUCAGAUCCUGCUCCGCGAGAAUCAGAUAGGUGAUGUUGGCGCCAAGGCCUGCAUCAGAGCAGUGUCCGUCCUGGCCUGCCAUCGCCUGGACCUGUCGUUCAACUGCUUGACGGACUCGAUCUUGCCGCAUUUGCAGAAUGCUGUCGAGCAGCUGCAGCGAAGAUCCUUGUUUGAGGCACCUGGUGACGGCGGCAGCGGCGAUUCCGUGAACUACGUCCUGAAGCUAGCUGGCAAUCAGCUCACACGGCAUGCACUGGAAGCCCUGGGCAGAACGGUGCAGAGCCCCUACAUCACUCUGCAAUUCGGCUACGCAAGCAUCUGUGGCGGGGGCAUGCGAGAGCUGAGCCCCGAGUCGAUUGACGAGGACCGCUAUCUGCCGCCCCAUGGCAAGUACUCACAACUAAACCUGACCUUCAUGGGUAUCGGCGAUGAGUACAUUGGCCGUCUAGAGAAACACCUAUCCUCUCUUACAGGCUAUGAAUCGCUGAGCUGCGGGCAAAACCGACUGACGUCCGUCGGGAUGGUGCCGUUGGCCAACGUCCUGUGCUUCAACAGAUCUAUUCAAGCACUUGACCUCAGUUCAAACCAGAUUGAUGCAGAUGGGCUGGCCACGAUUGUAAGCGCGGUCGAGGCAAAUGGGCCAAAUCGAACACUGCGUUACCUCAGCCUUCAGGGCAACCCACUGGCCACUGCGGGAAUGGGUGACGGUCAAUGGCAGCGGUUGGAGCAUACACUCCGCAGGCUGAUCAGUCGCUGUCCCAACCUGGAGUUGAUUGGUCUGCACUCGACAGGGAUUGGCGACCGCGGUGUUGCGGUUCUGGCAAAGUACUUUCCUCGUCGGUCCUCGCUGCGCUGGCUUUCGCUAGCGCAAAACGGCCUUACGGACACUGGCAUCAAGUAUUUGUGCGAGCGGCUUGCCACAGACAGGACCCUGCGCAUCCUGGAUCUAUCGUUCAAUCGAUUACGCGAUACGGUUGAUCUGAAUAAGAUGCAGGCUCAGCGGCUGACAUCGGGGGCGCGCCACAUCGAUCCAAUCUGCCUCGACGGCAACGAGUUCAGCGACAAAGUGGUUCUCGGCACAGGUCUACUGAGAGGACGCCUGUACUUCCAGUACAGCACCACAAUCCUAUCCCUUCUGGAUUCCCUCAAGGCUGCCAGGGAUGACUGACCGCUUUUCACUGAACAAACCUUCUCAACAUCAGGGAAGGCGUUGCUGCAGUCGUGGUAGACUGGAUUGUUGUCUGCGAUUCCACCAAACGUCAUGUACUGCUACUGCUGGUGUUCUGCUCAUUUACAAAAGGCACCAAGUGUCAUACACUCUGCAGUGAAAGGUAAUUGCAGCUUCUAGCGCACUAGUCAUGUAGUUCCUAUCGCUUUACAGGGACUAUUUUUGUGGCUAAAACACUGCAUAUACUCCCUUCCAUGGUCCUGCUCGGUGUCUCUGCAUAUGCUUCUGUGUGUUUCUCUGUCUCUCCCUGUGUGUGUGUGUGUGUGUGUGUGUGUGUGUGUGUCUGCCUGUCUGUGUGUGUGUCUGCCUGUCUGUGUAUCUCUGUCUCUCUCCGUGCUGUGGACAACAUGGGUGCUGGUACCGAUGCAUGCCACAUUGCUACACACACACACACACACGCACACGCACACACACACACACACACACACACACACACAACCCAAGUGUUGUUCCACGAACACAAUUUUGCCAACACUUGGUACUCCUAUUGAUAAUCGCUCCUUGAAAUUCUACAUCAUCCUGAUUGAUCACAUGGUCUCAAUGUUUUUCUUUUCUUUUUCUGUGUUCUUGUUAUUAUGUACUACGUGGUGCCUUUAUUCGAAAAAACACACAAAUUGUGAUAUAGAAUGCCAACACCAAGCGGGAUGAAAAUUGAUAAUGGCCAAAAUCCAGUAAAAAAAAUAACCGAUAUCAAUUGCA